AUGGAUCCAUUGGAGCAAAAUCACAUUGCAUUAAGAGGAGAUGUUGACUCGAUGAAAAACCAGAUAGACCAACUUGUGGAGGCUAUGAUAGCUUUAGAAAAGAGGGAGGACAACAUUCAGCAGACUGCAAUCGUAGAGAAUGUUAUUCCAGCUCCAGUAAAUGGUCCUACCCAAUCUCAGCAUGUGCGGACCCCAGUUGAUAACUCUAUUGUACAAGAACAUCAUGUUGUUCAAGAUUCCUCACGCCAUGAUGUUGUUGAGUAUCACAGUUUUGCAUUCUCCAUGCCAGAUUCCCAUGGAACAAGCCUAGCGGUUUAUGCUGAACAACCACAUGAUGAUGAGAUUUCUAAAAGAUGUUGCGUGCUAGAGAAAAGACUCAAGGCCAUAGAAAGGCAAGAUACGGUUGAACUUAAUGCCUUAGGCAUGUCUUUGGUACCUGACCUGGUUAUACCCCCAAAAUUCAAAGUACCGGAAUUUGAGAAGUACAAAGGGGAUGGCUGUCUAAAGCACCAUUUGGUGAUGUUUUGUCGAAAAAUGGCAUCUCAUGCCCACGAUGAUAAGCUAAUGAUUCACUAUUUUCAGGACAGUUUGACCGGGGCAUCGUUGAGUUGGUACAUGAAGUUAGAAAGAAGUCACAUUCAAUCAUGGUUAGACCUAGAUAACGACUUCUUGAAGCACUACAAAUAUAAUUUGGACAAAGCUCCUGAUCGCAUGCAGCUGAGAGCCUUAUCUAAAGAGAGCAAUGAAUCCUUCAGAGGGUAUGCCCAAAGAUGGAGAGAGUUAGCGGCUUGCAUUGAGCCACCACUCUUAGACAAAGAAUUGAUGGAAUUAUUCAGGGACACCCUAUAA